UGAAAAGUGACAGAAAAUAACAGUCUUUCGAAACCGAAAUUGGCAAUCAACUGUGGAUGUUCUGUGAUACUUAUGGCAAACCGAUGAGGGGAGAUUAAUUUUACAAGCCAAGAGUUAUUUUAAUGAAGUAAUUUUUAGUUACAUUUUGCGUAGGAGACGAGAUUUUCCUAAUGAAUCAUGCAAAGGUAUCCUCUAUUGCGAUGUUGGCACGAAGUCAAACGUAGACAAUGAAUUCGUACAGUUUACUUCCCUUCUACUCGAUAUUAUUUUCGUUGCUGUCCUCUACCUACGUUUCCUCGCUAGGAAAUCAUUCUCGAGCUUCAUUUGUCACAAUUGAACCAGGGAGCCCUGACAAUUCAUACUUUGUCUUAAGGGGCUCUGUAUUUCUGUUAAACUGCACUGUAAGAUCUGGAUUUGGACAAAGCCCUAAUGUAUCCUGGAAGCACAAUGACAAAUGGUUGUUUGAUCGAGCGAAAAAAAUUGAUGAUUCAACAGUUCAGUUGCAAUUAUUGAAUGCAAGUGCCCAUGAUAAUGGAAUUUACUGGUGUGGUCCAGUAUCUGGUGAUAAAUCCCAAGGAGUAAAUAUCUCAGUCACUGUGGCAGAUCCACCAAGUUCCCCACGGAAUUUAAACCUCAAAAUCUAUGGUUUUUAUCCAUUUACAGAUGUCUGGAUACUGUGGUCAUCUUCCAGCUAUACUGGUGGUUUACCUGUGAACUACUCCAUCAAAUUGUGCAAUGACAAACCUGACAACUCAUGUCAGAAAACUGCCUGCAGGUUGAUCAACAUAAAAGAAUGCCAGCCUGUAAACAUUCUCAGCACUACAAUGAAUUUCAAGUGUAUUCUGAAAACUUUCUUAGAUGCCUGUGACUAUAAUAUUUCUGUUAUGGCCACAAAUGCUGUUGGAAGUGCACAAAGUCUAAUUUACCUGCCAUUUAUCUCUAUAAGUUCAGUUACACCCAAGCCUCCUGAAAAUUUGAGUGUUGAGCGCACAGAUAAAGAGGGUGAAUUACGUGUGCGUUGGAAAGCCAGACUAUCUUGGGAUCUAGCUGACCAAAAUUAUACAGUGCUCUAUCAUGCCAAAGGGGAGAUUAAAAAUAGGACAAGCACUACAUCCAAUAAAGAAUUUACACUGCUCACUGGACUGAAAGACUUUACAGAGUAUUGUGUUUAUGUCGUGUUCAGAUUAGAUGAAUCAGCCUGGAGUGAAGCCAUCGGGCCAAAAAUUGUCAGGACAAAAGCAGGCUCUUCAUUUGUCACAAUUGAACCAGGGAGCCCUGACAAUUCAUACUUUGUCUUAAGGGGCUCUGUAUUUCUGUUAAACUGCACUGUAAGAUCUGGAUUUGGACAAACCCCUAAUGUAUCCUGGAAGCACAAUGACAAAUGGUUGUUUGAUCGAGCGAAAAAAAUUGAUGAUUCAACAGUUCAGUUGCAAUUAUUGAAUGCAAGUGCCCAUGAUAAUGGAAUUUACUGGUGUGGUCCAGUAUCUGGUGAUAAAUCCCAAGGAGUAAAUAUCUCAGUCACUGUGGCAGAUCCACCAAGUUCCCCACGGAAUUUAAACCUCAAAAUCUAUGGUGUUUAUCCAUUUACAGAUGUCUGGAUACUGUGGUCAUCUUCCAGCUAUACUGGUGGUUUACCUGUGAACUACUCCAUCAAAUUGUGCAAUGACAAACCUGACAACUCAUGUCAGAAAACUGCAUGGUUGAUCAACAUAAAUGAAUGCCAGCCUGUAAACAUUUUCAGCACUACAAUGAAUUUCAAGUGCAUUCUGAAAACUUUCUUAGAUGCCUGUGACUAUAAUAUUUCUGUUAUGGCCACAAAUGCUGUUGGAAGUGCACAAAGUCUAAUUUACCUGCCAUAUAUCCUUUUUAGUUCAGUUACACCCAAGCCUCCUGAAAAUUUUAGUGUUGAGCGCACAGAUAAAGAGGGUGAAUUACGUGUGCGUUGGAAAGCCAGAGGAUCUUGGAAUCUAGCCGACCAAAAUUAUACAGUGCUCUAUCAUGCCAAAGGGGAGAUUAAAAAUAGGACAAGCACUACAUCCAAUAAAGAAUUUACACUGCUCACUGGACUGAAAGACUUUACAGAGUAUUAUGUUUAUGUUGUGGUCAGAUUAGAUGAAUCAGCCUGGAGUGAAGCCAUCGGGCCAAAAAUUGUCAGGACAAAAGCAGGCUAUCCAGUCAAUCUACCAAAGGUGAUAAGAGAUUAUUCGAUAUCCUUUCCGGGCAAUUCUGGUCUCAGGAAUGUAUCAGUGGAAUGGGAG